AGCUGAGAAGCCCGGGGCUGGCUAGGCCUGGGGGAGAACGGGUCCCAGGACCCGAGUGAGGGUUCCGCACCUGGCCUUCAGUAGGGGUCAAGACGCAGGCACCUACGCCAAAGGGGAGCAAAGCCGGGCUCGGCCCGAGGCCCUCCAGGACCUCCAUCUCCCAAUGCCAGAGGAAUCCGCCACGUGACGGUCGGACCACCGUCUCUGACUAGAAGAGCCCCGAAAGCGCCAUGGCUCCCAAGAAGCUGCUCUGCCUUCCCUCCCUGCUGCUGCCACUCCUGACGCUGCUGCUGCCCCAGGCAGACACUCGGUCGUUUGUAGUGGAUCCGGAUCAUGACAGAUUCCUCCUGGAUGGGGCCCCGUUCCGCUACGUGUCUGGCAGCCUGCACUACUUUCGGGUACCGCGGGUGCUUUGGGCAGACCGGCUUUUCAAGAUGCGAAUGAGUGGCCUCAACGCCGUACAGUUUUAUGUGCCCUGGAACUACCACGAGCCGGAGCCUGGGGUCUAUAAAUUUAAUGGCAGCCGUGACCUCUUUGCAUUUCUGAAAGAGGCAACUUUAGCGAACCUGUUGGUCAUACUGAGACCAGGACCUUACAUCUGUGCAGAGUGGGAGAUGGGGGGUCUCCCAGCCUGGUUGCUUCGAAAACCUAAAAUUCAUCUGAGAACCUCAGAUCCAGACUUCCUUGCCGCAGUGGACUCCUGGUUCAAGGUCUUGCUGCCCAAGAUACAUCCAUGGCUCUACCACAAUGGGGGCAACAUCAUUAGCAUUCAGGUGGAGAAUGAAUACGGUAGCUACAGGGCCUGCGACAUGAGCUACAUGAGACACCUGGCUGGGCUCUUCCGUGCACUGCUUGGAGACAAGAUCUUGCUCUUCACCACAGAUGGCCCUGAAGGCCUCAAAUGUGGCUCCCUCCAGGGACUCUAUACCACUAUAGAUUUUGGCCCAGCUGACAACAUGACCAAAAUCUUUGCCCUGCUUCGGAAGUAUGAACCCCGCGGGCCAUUGGUGAACUCUGAGUACUACACAGGCUGGCUGGAUUACUGGGGCCAGAAUCACUCCACACGCUCCGUACCAGCUGUAACCAAAGGACUAGAGAACAUGCUAAAGUUGGGAGCCAGUGUGAACAUGUACAUGUACCAUGGAGGCACCAACUUUGGAUACUGGAAUGGUGCUGAUGAGAAGGGACGCUUUCUUUCAAUCACUACCAGCUACGACUACGAUGCACCCAUAUCUGAAGCAGGGGACCCCACACCUAAGCUUUUUGCUAUUCGAAAUGUCAUCAGCAAGUUCCAGGAAGUUCCCUUGGGACCUUUACCUCCCCCCAGCCCCAAGAUGACACUUGGACCUUUGAGCCUACACCUGGAUGGGAAUUUGCUGGCUUUCCUAGACUUCCUAUGCCCCCAAGGGCCCAUCCACUCAAUCCUGCCAAUGACCUUUGAGGCUGUCAACCAGGACCAUGGGUAUAUGUUGUACCGGACCUACCUGACCCAUACUGUUUCUGAGCCAACACAAUUCUGGGUGCCAAACAAUGGAGUCCAUGACCGUGCCUAUGUGAUGGUGGAUGGGGUGUUUCAGGGUGUUUUGGAACGAAACAUGAAACGCAACCUAUUUUUGACGGGGAAAAAGGGGGCCAAACUGGAUGUCUUGCUGGAGAACAUGGGGAGGCUCAGUUUCGGGUCUAACAGCAGUGACUUCAAGGGCCUACUGGAGCCACCAGUUCUGGGGCAAACAGUCCUUACCCAGUGGCUGAUGUUCCCUCUGAAAGUUGAUAAUCUUGUAAAGUGGUGGUUUCCCAACCAGUUGCAGAAAAGCUCACAUCCUCAAACUCCCUCUGGCCCCACCUUCUACUCUACAACCUUCCCAAUUUUAGGCUCAGGCGGGGACACAUUUCUCUUUCUACCUGGAUGGACCAAGGGCCAAGUCUGGAUCAAUGGGUUUAACUUGGGCCGCUACUGGACAAAGAGGGGGCCACAACAGACCCUCUACGUGCCAAGACCCCUGCUGUUUCCUAGGGGAGCCCUCAACAAAAUCACGUUGCUGGAGCUAGAAAAUGUGCCUCUUCAGCCCCAAAUCCAAUUCCUGGAUAGGCCUAUCCUCAAUAGCACUGUGCAUAAGACAUACAUCUAUUCCCUCUCAGCUGAAAGUGCCUCUGAACGGAUGGAGUUAAGUGGGCACUGAAAGAAAGGUAACCCUUGGACCUGGGACAUGGAGUGGGCAGGAUCCCUUGGUGCUAGCCAUGGUGACCAUAAGGAAACAAAGGCCACAGGUCUGAAUGUUCCCAGAGCGUCUCAAAUCCCCUCAACAACCUUUCUGAACACUGAGCGGGCACGCAUUCUACUUGUCCAGAAUGGCCUCUAACUCAUCACAACCUACCCACUCACGCCCACCCCCUCUACAUACCGAACGUUGAUGAUGGCAGGGUCGGGGACCUGAGGGGUAGGGGCUCCCAACUGGGCAGCCAGUCGGCGCUCUGCAGCCAGAGCUCCCUGAGGGGAAGAGACGUUGUGUUAAUAAGGACAAGGCCCCAGUGGUGCAGAGGGUACCCAAGAAGUGAUGCUGCACGCUGAUCAGACCUCUAAGGAAGUGUUGCUGGGGAAGAAAGAACCUCUAGCCUCACCUUCCCUCAGUCGCUGAGGGCAGCAA